AUGAUAGAAAGGGGUCACCUUAAUACAGAUAAUGGUCUUGAAAUGGAAUGCCUUUGGAUUUGUUUUUCAUCUUUAAUCCAAAAAGAUCUGGAUCUGGUGAAAGAGCAAUGGAACACCCACCGUAUGAGGGCUUCUAGACAUGACACAGUUGCGGGUAUACCUGAUGAACUCUAUCAUCUUCCAGAAAGGCACGGAGGAGUUGAUGGCUUAGCUCUUAAUAUUUCUGAAGGGCAAAUAAAUUUUGCAAAGGAAAACUUUUUACAGUAUGAAGUUGAAAGCAAUAUGUAUGAGGAACACUUUGGCUUUAUAUUGCAAAAUAUUACAUUUUCAGAACCUGAAAAUUGGGAGGAAGCUGAGAACAUGUACUUUACACUUAUGUCAAUAGCUAAUAAUACUGAUUGA